AUCCCGCCUGCCUGCCCCGUGUCUGCCUCCCAGGGCUCAGUCUCCACGCCGCUGGCUGCCCCGAGGCUGCCCCAGACGGCGUGCCCGCCUGCCGCCCACCAUGGCAGGCUCUCGGCACCACCUCCUGCUUUGCCUCCUGGCCUUCUACUUGGCGGGCGCUGGUUUCCUCAGGAGCCAGAAGGUGCGGUCCAAGCGCUGUGACAUGAAGACCAGAUUCAUCACUCACACCUCCUGCACCACCUGUGCCAGCAUCAAGAAGCAGCUGUGUCCUCUGGGCUGGCUGAGGGAGAUCCCAGAGAAGGUGACUCAGAACUGCCACUACGAGGUGCAGCUGGGUGACUCUCUGCUGUCCAUGCGCGGCUGCCGACUAGAGUGCUGGAAGGACGUGGUGCAGAAGGCCUGCUGCCCGGGUUACUGGGGGUCUCAGUGCUACGAAUGUCCUGGGGGCUCUGAGACGCCAUGCAAUGGCCAUGGGACCUGCCUGGAUGGCAUAGACAGAAAUGGGACCUGCGUGUGCCAGGAAAACUUCAGUGGCACAGCCUGCCGUGAGUGCCAGGACCCCAACAGGUUCGGGCCUGACUGCCAGUCAGUGUGCAGCUGUGUGCACGGAGUGUGCAGCCACGGGCCACAAGGGGACGGGAGCUGCCAGUGCUUUGCUGGGUAUACCGGCCCCCACUGCGACCAGGAGGUGCCUGUCUGCCAGACCCUGCACUGUCCCCAGAACUCACAGUGCUCUGCCGAGGAUCCCAAAUGCAACUGCUUGCCUGGCUACAUCCUCCAGGGCAGUGAAUGCCAAGCUCGGAACCCCUGCCAGCCAUCGCCCUGCUCCCCACUGGCCCGGUGCUCAGUGAGUCCCUGGGGACGGGCACAGUGUCACUGCCCCACCAACUACCACGGCGACGGGAGGGUGUGCCUGCCUCAGGACCCCUGCACCAUCAACAAUGGGGGCUGCCCCACCAACUCCACCGUGUGUAUUUACCAGAAGCCAGGCCGGUCCACCUGCUCGUGUAAGCCGGGCCUGGUCGACAUCCACCGCAACACCUCUACGGGCUGCUUCGCCUUCUGCUACCCCCACUCCUGUGACCGGUCGGCCACCUGCCAGGUGACCCCUGAUGGGAAGAGCAGCUGCGUGUGCAAGGAGGGAGAGGUAGGCGACGGGAGAGCCUGCUACGGACACCUGCUCCACGAGGUGCAGAAGGCCGGGCAGAUCGGUGUGGUCUUUCUUCGCCUGAGACUUGCCCUCUCCAUGCUGGACCAGGGCUGCCGGGAGAUCCUGACCACAUCUGGUCCAUUCACUGUGCUAGUGCCGUCCGUGUCUGAGUCCUACAGAACCAUGAAUGCCUCCCUGGCCCAGCAGCUCUGCCGCCAGCACAUCAUCGCAGGGCAGCACUUGCUGGAGGAGUCGGGGGCCCAGUCCACCCGCAACUGGUGGACUCUGGCCGGGCAGCAGAUCACUGUCACCUUCAGCCGCUUUCAGAAGUAUUCCUACAAGUAUCUAGAUGAACCCCAGAGGACCUUCUCCAUCCAGAAAGCAAACUACCCGGCAGCCAACGGUGUCUUUCAUGUGGUCUCCGCCAUCCGGUGGCAGCCCCCGCCACAGCUCCCUCAGGAUCCCAAGAAAACCAUCGGUCAGAUCCUGGCCUCCACCGAGACCUUCAGCCGGUUUGAAACCAUCUUGGAGAACUGUGGGCUGCCCUCCAUCUUGGACGGCCCCGGGCCCUUCACCGUCUUUGUCCCGAGCAACGAGGCCGUGGACAGCUUGCGGGACGGACGUCUAAUCUACCUCUUCACGGUGGGUCUCUCCAAACUGCAGGAGCUGGUGAGGUACCACAUCUACAACCAUGGCCAGCUGACAAUUGACAGGCUCCUCUACAAGGGUCGAGUCCUCACCAUGGCAAACCAGGUCCUGGCUGUGAACAUCUCUGAGGAGGGACGCAUCCUGCUGGGGCCGGAUGGCAUCCCACUGCGGAGCGUGGAUGUGCCGGCUGCCAACGGCGUGAUCCACCUGCUAGAAGGGGUGCUGCUGCCGCCCACCAUCCUGCCCAUCCUGCCCAAGCGCUGCAGUGAGGAGCAGCACCAGAUCGUGGCGGGCUCCUGUGUGGACUGCCAGGCUCUGAACACCAGCACCUGCCCUGCCAACAGCAUCACACUGGACAUCUUCCCGGAGUCCUGUGUUUACAUUCAUGACCCUGAUGGGCUCAACGUCCUGAAAAAGGGCUGUGCCCGUUUCUGCAACCAGACCGUCCUGAAACCUGGCUGCUGCAAGGGCUUCUUUGGACCUGACUGCACACAGUGCCCCGGGGGCUUCUCCAACCCCUGCUACGGCAAAGGCAACUGCAGUGAUGGGAUCCAGGGCAAUGGGGCCUGCCUCUGCUUCCCAGACUACAAGGGCAUCGCUUGCCACAUCUGCUCCAAUCCAAACAAGCAUGGGGACCAGUGCCAGGAAGACUGUGGCUGCCUCCACGGUCUCUGUGACAACCGGCCGGGCAGUGGGGGCGUGUGCCAGCAAGGCACGUGUGCCCCAGGCUUCAGCGGCCGCUUCUGCAACGAGACCACAGGGAACUGUGGGUCCAUGGAACCGGCUCAGCAGUGCCACGCAAAUGCCCGAUGCAUCAGCCAGGGGGGCAUCUCCAGAUGCCUCUGUCUCGAGGGCUUCGAGGGCGACGGCUUCUCCUGCACUCCCAGAAACCCCUGCUCCCAGCCGGACCGUGGUGGCUGCUCAGAAAAUGCUGAGUGCAUCCCUGGGACCCUGGGGACCCACCACUGCACCUGCAACAAAGGCUGGAGUGGGGACGGCCGAGUCUGUGUGGCCAUCGAUGAGUGUGAGCUGGACACAGGAGGGGGCUGCCACGCCGAUGCCCUGUGCAGCUACGUGGGCCCUGGCCAGAGCCGCUGCACCUGCAAGCUGGGAUUUGCCGGGGACGGCUACACGUGCAGCCCCAUCGACCCCUGCCGGGCGGGCAACGGUGGCUGCCAUGACCUGGCCAGCUGCCAGGCAGUGGGGGGUGGUCAGCGAGUCUGCAAGUGCCCCCCUGGCUAUGGGGGUGAUGGCCUCAGCUGCUAUGGGGACAUUUUCCAGGAGCUUGAAUCGAAUGCUCAUUUUUCAGUCUUCUACCAAUGGGUCAAGAGAGCCAGCAUCACAUUUCCUGCCGGUGACCAAGUCACAGCCCUGGUGCCCUCUGAAUCUGCUAUCCGCCGGCUGAGCCCCGAGGACCAGGCCUUCUGGACGCAGCCCAGGAUGCUGCCACAGCUGGUCAGGGGCCAUUUUCUCCAGGGUGCCCACUCCGAGGAGGACCUGGCCCGGCUGGGUGGGCAGAAAGUGGCCACCCUGAGCCCUACCACGAGCUGGGAGAUUCACAACAUCAGUGGGAGAGUCUGGGUGCAGAACGCCAGCGUGGAUGUAGCUGACCUCCUCGCCACCAACGGUGUCCUGCACGUCCUUAGUCAGGUCUUGCUACCACCAAGGGACUCUCCGGGCAGGCCGGGCUUACUGCAACUGCUGGACUCGGUGCCUGCCUUCCACCUUUUCCGGGAGCUGCUGCAGCACCACAAGCUGGUUGCCCGGAUCGAAGCCGCCACUGCCUAUACCAUCUUUGUGCCCACAAACCACUCCCUGGAGGCCGAGGGCAACAGUAGCAGCCUGGAUGCAGACGUGGUGCGGCACCAUGUGGUCCUGGGGGAGGCCAUCUCCGCGGAGACUCUGAGCAAGGGAGGGCACCGGAACUCACUCCUGGGCCCUGCAUACUGGCUCGUCUUCUACAACCACAGCGGUCAGCCUGAGGUGAACCACGUGCCACUGGAAGGCCCAGUGCUGGAGGCCCCUGGCUACUCACUGUACGGGCUGUCGGGGGUCCUGACGGUGGGCUCAAGCCGCUGCCUUCACAGCCAUGCCGAGGCCCUGCGGGAGAAAUGUGUAAACUGCUCCCGGAAAGUCCGCUGCACUCAGGGCUACCAGCUGGAGAACACGCCCAGGAAGAGCUGUCUCUACCGAUCUGGAUCUGGCUACUCCUUCUCCCGAGGCUGUUCUUAUACCUGUGCCAGGAAGAUCCAGGUGCCUGACUGCUGCCCUGGCUUCUUUGGCAUGCUGUGUGAGCCGUGCCCCAGUGGCCUGGGUGGUGCAUGCUCGGGCCACGGUCAGUGCCAAGACAGGCUCCUGGGCAGUGGGGAAUGCCGCUGCCACGAGGGCUUCCACGGAACAGCCUGCGAGAUGUGUGAGCUGGGUCGCCACGGCCCCAACUGCACAGGAGUGUGUAACUGUGUCCACGGACUGUGCCAGGAGGGCCUGCAAGGGGACGGCAGCUGUGUCUGUAACGUGGGCUGGCAGGGUGCCCGCUGUGACCAGAAAGCAACAGACUCGCAGUGUCCAAAGAAGUGUGACUCCAAUGCCAACUGCAUCCUGGACUCGGCUGCGGCCCCUACCUGUGUCUGUGCUGCCGGCUACACAGGCAACGGCUCCUCCUGCACAGAGGUCGACCCUUGUGCCCACGACCAUGGGGGCUGCUCCCCCCAUGCCAACUGUACGAAGGUGGCACCUGGGCAGCGGACAUGCACCUGCCACGAUGGCUACACGGGCGACGGGGAGCUGUGCCAGGAGAUGAACAGCUGUCUCACCCACCAUGGAGGCUGCCACAUACACGCUGAAUGCAUCCCCACAGGUCCCCAGCAGGUUUCCUGCAACUGCCGUGAAGGCUACAGUGGGGAUGGCGUCCGGACCUGUGAGCUCCUGGACCCCUGCUCUCAGAGAAAUGGGGGCUGCAGCCCCUAUGCCACGUGCAAGAUCACAGGGGAUGGCCAGAGGACGUGCACCUGUGAUGAGGCCCACACCGUGGGUGAUGGCUUCACCUGCCGUGCCCGCAUUGGCCUGGAGCUCUUUCGGGACAGGCGUGCCUCAUUCUUCAGCCUUCACCUCUUGGAAAGCAAGGAGCUCAAAGGAGAUGGGCCUUUCACUGUCUUUGUGCCCCAAGCAGAUCUGAUAGUCAACAUGUCACGGGAGGAACGAGACCGGAUUCGUGCCCACAGCCAGCUGGUGUUCCGCUACCAUGUGGUUGGAUGCGGCAGUCUGCGUAGCCAGGACCUGCUGGACAGGGGCUACGCCACUACGCUCUCAGGGCACUCGCUGCGCUUCAGUGAAAGGGAGGGCAGCAUAUACAUCAAUGACUUCGCCCGCGUGGUGAGCAGUGACCAGGAGGCCGUGAACGGGGUCCUACACUUCAUUGAUCGCGUCCUGCUGCCGCCGGAUGCACUCCACUGGGAGCCAGAUGCUGCCCCCAUCCCGACGAGAAAUGUCACCUCCGCUGCUGAGAGCUUUGGUUACAAGAUCUUCAGCGACCUUCUGAAGGUGGCUGGCCUCCUGCCCCUGCUGCAAGACACAUCCCAUAGGCCCCUCACAAUGCUCUGGCCCACGGACAUGGCCCUGAAAGCCCUGCCACCCGAUCGUCAGGCCUGGCUCUACCAUGAAGACCACCGAGACAAGCUAGCAGCCAUUCUUCGGGGCCACGUGAUCCGCAACGUCGAGGCCUUCGCCUCUGACCUGCCCAACCUGGGCUCCCUCCGCACCAUGCAUGGGACCCCCAUCUCCUUCUCCUGCAGCCGUGCUCGGCCGGGUGAGCUUGUGGUGGGUGAGGACGAUGCCAACAUUGUGCAGAGGCACCUGCCCUUCGAGGGUGGCCUGGCAUAUGGCAUUGACCAGCUACUGGAGCCACCUGGCCUUGGUGCCCGUUGUGACCGCUUUGAGACUCGGCCACUGCGGAUGAAAUUAUGUAGCAUCUGUGGGCUGGAACCACCCUGUCCUAGGGGCUCACAGGAGCAGGGUAGGCCCGAGGGCUGCUGGCGCUACUACUCAAAGUUCUGGACGUCCCCUCCACUAUACUCCUUCACAAUGCGCAGUAGCUGGGCCCGAUCCAGCGUCUGGGGGCAACCUCACAGCCUGGGCAGAGGCUGCCACCGGAACUGUGUCACCACCAUCUGGAAGCCCAGCUGCUGCCCUGGCCACUAUGGCAGUGAAUGCCGAGCUUGCCCUGGUGGUGCCAGCAGCCCCUGUAACAACCAUGGCAUGUGCAUAGACGGCAUGAAUGGCAGCGGGCAGUGCAGAUGCCACUUGGGGUUUGCCGGGACGGCGUGUGAACUCUGUGCCCCGGGUACCUUCGGGCCCCAGUGCCAAGCCUGCCACUGCUCCCCCCACGGCCGCUGUGACGAGGGUCUUGGGGGCUCUGGCUCCUGCUUCUGUGAUGAGGGCUGGACCGGGCCACUCUGUGAGCUGCAGCUGGAGCUGCAGCCUGUGUGUACCCCACCCUGUGCACCCCAGGCCGUCUGCCGCACGGGCAACAGCUGUGAGUGCAGCCUGGGCUAUGAAGGGGAUGGCCGCGUGUGUACAGUGGCGGACCUGUGCCAGGAUGGGCAUGGUGGCUGCAGCCAGCAUGCCAACUGCAGCCAGGUGGGCACCGUAGUCCGCUGCAUCUGCCUGCCCGCCUACGAGGGUGAUGGCUGGAGCUGCCGGCCCCGAGAUGCCUGUGCAGACAGCCACCGCGGGGGCUGCAGUGAGCACGCCGACUGUCUGAGCACCGGACCGAACACUCGGCGCUGUGUGUGCCACGCUGGCUACGUGGGAGACGGGCUGCAGUGUCUGGAGGAGCCUGAGCCACCUGUAGACCGUUGCCUGGACCAGCCUCCACCCUGUCACUCGGACGCCAUGUGCACCGACCUGCACUUCCAGGAGAAGCGGGCCGGUGUCUUCCACCUCCAGGCCAGUAGUGGCCCGUAUGGCCUGAAUUUCUCAGAGGCCGAGUCAGCCUGCAGGACCCAGGGAGCUGUCCUUGCCUCGCUCCCUCAACUCUCUGCGGCUCAACAGCUGGGCUUCCACCUCUGCCUCGUGGGCUGGCUGGCCAACGCCACGGCUGCCCACCCCGUGGUCUCCCCCGCGGCAGACUGUGGCCAGGGCCAGGUGGGCGUGGUCAGCCUGGGUGUCCGUGUGAACCAGUCCGAACGCUGGGAUGCCUACUGCUACCGCCUACGAGACGUGGCCUGCCGCUGCCGUGACGGCUUCGUGGGCGACGGGACCAGCAUAUGCAACGGGAAGCUGCUGGACGUUCUGGCCACCACCGCCAACUUCUCCACCUUCUACGAGAUGCUACUGGGCUAUGCCAAUGCCACCCAGCGGGGUCUUGACUUCCUGUACUUCCUGGAUGAUGAGCUCUCCUACAAGACACUCUUUGUCCCCAUCAACGAAGGCUUUGUGGGCAACAUGACCUUGAGUGGUCCAGACCUGGAGCUGCAUGCCUCCAACGCCACCUUGCUGAGCACCAACGCCAGCCACGGCACCUUGCUGCCAGCCCACUCCGGCCUCAGCCUCAUCAUUAGCGACCCGAGUCCUGACAACAGUUCCUGGGCCCCUGUGGCCCCGGGGGCAGUUGUGGUCAGCCACGUCGUCGUGUGGGACAUCAUGGCCUUUAACGGCAUCAUCCACGCUCUGGCCAGCCCCCUCCUGGCACCACCCCAGCCUCGGGCGGUGGUGGCACCUGAAGCCCCGUCUAUGGCAGCAGGUGUAGGAGCCGUGGUGGCGGCUGGUGGGCUGCUAGGGUUGGCGGCGGGAGCCCUUUACCUCCGUUCCCGAAACAAGGCCACAGGCUUCGGCUUCUCCACCUUCCAGGCAGAAGAUGACGCUGAGGAUGACUUUUCCCCGUGGCAGAAAGGGACCAGCCCGACCCUGGUUUCUGUCCCCAACCCCGUCUUUGGCGGCAACCACGACGGCUUCUGUGAGCCCUUUGAUUGCUCCCCACAGGACUCCCUUCUGGAAGAGGACUUCCCUGACACCCAGAGGAUCCUCUCAGUCAAGUGACGUAGUCGGGGCUGAAGCACAGACACGCCAAGCAGGAGGGAGACCACGUUUGUUUAUUGCCUGUCUGGACAGAAGCCCGGAGCGGGCGGGGCAGGAGGGGUGGGGCCCGCUGUGGGAAAUAAUAAAGGUGCCCUCAGCGGAUGUGGGCCAUGUCGCCGA